AUGCAGCGGAGGAAGAUUCAUUGGAUUAUUCAGGAAUCGGAAGAGCCCCGGCAUGUGGAGACUGUCGAGAAACAAAUCUUGAAUACGAAAGAUGAACGGGAGGACGUGCAGAAGAAGACGUUUGCCAAAUGGAUAAAUUCGCAGCUUCUUAAGAAUCAUCACGAACCUAUCAGCGAUCUCUUCGUCGACCUACGAGAUGGAAAUCGCUUACUGUCCCUCCUGGAGGUGCUCACUUCCAAGACUUAUAAGAGAGAACGCGGUCGGAUGCGAGUACACCAUCUCAAUAAUGUUAACAAAGCGUUGCAAAUCCUUGAGCAGAAUAACGUAAAACUCGUCAAUAUUAGUAGCAAUGAUAUCGUUGAUGGUAAUCCCAAAUUGACACUUGGGUUGGUAUGGAGCAUUAUUCUGCAUUGGCAAGUACAUUAUCAUUUGAAAGACUUGAUGACGGAAUUACAACAAACCAAUUUAGAAAAGACACUUCUCGCUUGGUGCCGUCAAAAUUCGCAGAAUUACCCUGGUGUUGAUAUUAAAAAUUUUACAACAUCUUGGUCGGAUGGAUUAGCAUUUAAUGCGAUAUUACACAGAUGGAAGUCUCACUUGUUCGAUUUUAACAAUAUCGCGCGUAAACAUCCAAACGCUAGAUUGGACCAUGCUUUUCGACUUGCGCAGGAACAUCUCGGUAUCGAACGUCUUUUGGAUCCCGAAGAUGUCAAUACUUCAGUGCCGGAUAAGAAAUCCAUAAUGAUGUACGUUAUGUGUCUCUUCCAAUCGUUACCGCAUUCCGGAGACGACGUCGGCGAUCUAGAUCUCUCCAUCGCAAGCGACAGUACUCCAGUUAGCCCGGUUACAACACCAGGAACAGAGACCGCUUUAUCGUUCGGCAAUUUCGGGAUGCCAGCUUCCCGCCCGAUGAGCCUUGCCACGAAUGUUUCUGUCGAGCUCGGCGGCUACCAGGUUGCUCUCGAGGAAGUUUUAACGUGGCUUUUAGAGGCGGAGGAUAAAUUGAAUCAUGCCCCAAAGCCGGGCUCGACUUUAGACAUAUUGAAAGAACAAUUCCACGAGCAUGAAACCUUCCUGAUGGAGCUGUCCGGUCAUCAGGAUGGGGUGGGAGCUGUUCUGGAGGAAGGCGCGAGAUUGUUAGCUGAAGGUGGACUGCAUAAGGAUGAGGAGCACGAAGUUCGCGUGCAAAUGUCGCUAUUAAAUUCCCGGUGGGAAGGCCUUCGAAUGCGCGCCAUGGAAAGACAAACUAAAAUUCACGAGGUGUUGAUGCAGAUGCAACAGGCGCAAUUAGACGCGCUGCGAGAAUGGUUGACGAAAACGGAAAACCGGAUCUCCCUAAUGGCGGCUAAUGAAUUAAAUCCGUCAGUCCUCGAGGAACAGGGGAAACUUCUCAACGAAUUGGAGAAAGAUAUUGAGGCGCAGCAAAAUAUGGUCGACGAUAUGAAGAACAUGGUGGUGGUGGUGGAUGAGGAUAAUUCCGAGGCGGUUUACGCUCAAAUGGAGGAUCAACUGUCCGCCCUCGGUGAACGCUGGAGUCACAUUUGUCGAUGGAAAGAGGAACGGCGCCAGCGAUUGGAAUCUCUAUCUACGCUCUGGCAGAAUAUUCUCGACGAUUACAAGAGACAAGUGGCAUGGUUGAACGAAACGGAGAUCACGUUAAAACAAAUGGAAGCUAAUCCGGCAUCCGAAUUUGGCGAAGUGUUGGAGAGAAUAAAGAAGCUGCAGGUCCUUAAAGCGGAGAUGGACGUAAAUCAGAAAAAAUUACUGUCUCUGCAGGAAGCGAUUCAGGAUUUGGAAGGUAAUAGCUCGUCCUCAGAAUAUGCGGACAUUCUGGAGAAGAUCGAAAACCUGCAGGAUCGAUGGGAAGCCGUUGGACAGAUUAUGGAAGUUCAAACUCAAAGGAUAACAAAUUCUGGGUUCGAAUUUGACUUGAAGUCCGAAGACAGCACGACAACGAUCAAAGGCAACGAAUGGAUGUCCGAGACAGUAACGAGCAUAGCGUAUAAAGAAGAGAUCACCGCAACAUCAACACCACAUAGCGAUUCAAAGAAACGUCGUGUCGACAGUACCACAAAACAUGAGUUUGAAUCGGCAUUACUUCAUUUAUAUAAAUGGCUGGAUUAUGUCGAUUUAGAAAUUGGUCGUUCGGAGGGAGUGUUCGACGAGUUGAGUGUGGAGGAGAAGAAAGUUGUCUACAGAGAUACUCUUGCGGACGUGGAGGCGCACACGAGCGAAUACGACAAGGUUCUCGAAAUUGGUAAACAACUCGUCGACGAGUUGAAAAAUGCGAACGAAUCCGCCGAAGAAGAGGAAUCCAAGAUUAAGGAUAUACAAAAUUGUUGGGCGGCGACAAAUAAUCGUCUGCACGAGAUAAAGAGACGGAUAGAUUAUUUGGAAGAGGUAAAGAAGUUCCGGACCGAACUGGCCAGUCUAAAUUUAAUGCUCGAGAGUUACACCAAGUGGUUCGAUACAAAUAAAGAAAAUAACCAAAUAGAACCGUUCAGAGUAAAAAUGAAAUCGAUGAAAUCUCACGAUGAGCGUAUAAGAAAGAUGUUUGAAAAAGCUAUCGAACUGUCAGGAAGUCAAGUCGCAAUCGCAGAAAGCGGUAAAGUGGACGCUGACAUAAAAGUGUUCUCCGCUAAUUGGGAGAAGCUGUACAUGAUGUUGUCGGAGCGAUUGAUCGAAAUAAAUAACGCCAUCGAUCGAACUCCGCCUAAAAAAUACACCGAGGCAGUCAGCAACUUAGCAUCGUUUCUCAAUAAUGUGGAGAGUGCGCUCUUAUUAUCAGAGCAAUUGAUUAUGUCCGAUGAAAACUCUAUGAACGAACAACUGGAGAGAUUUAAGGAUAUACAAAACUCGUUAAAAGAGCAAGAGAAAACUUUCGAAUAUAUUAACUCUACUGGACAAGAUUUAAUAGCAAAGAUAAAUGACGAUUCCUCGGGACAACGGCUCAAAGACGAAUUGCGCGAGUUGAACACCAAGUGGAGCGAUAUUCCUAUUAUUUUGGAGGAGAAACAACAAACCCUUGCUAAAAAUAUCGCAACUUUGCAAGCGUUCAACACCGAACUCUCCACAUUUGAAUCUUGGUUAGAAAAAUCAUCAUUAUAUCUGGAAGAUUUAUCUAAAUGCGACAUUAUUGCGGAUAACAUCGCAGAAACGGAACGUAAAUUCGGGCAAAUUCGCUCGUUUUCUCAAGAGCUAGACAAAACGAAACCGCAGAUAGAAGCGCUUCGAACGUCGGCGAAUGGAAUACUUGAAAAAUCUGAACCAAAUUUCGCGAGUCUGUUAAACAGCAAAUUAGAAACCAUGGCGUCUAAAUGGAACGUUAUUGUCAAUAAGGCUAAAAGUAUGAGUGACAAAUAUGAGGGAGCAUUAAAGAAAAAUGAUGACAUUAUAAAUGGUAUAGAAGAUUUCACCAAGUGGCUGUCGAGUUUGGAGAGGGAGAUACCUGUAGAAUCAAGAAUAACAUCAUCAGUUGAACUCUUCCAAGUUCGCGGCUGCUAUCAAACGCUGAAAGACAAAGUUGACAAGCGAGUAGAAGAGUUUAGAAAUCUCAACGAGAUGGGAAACGACAAACUGUUAAGUUCCGAGGGAUCGUCCGUGCAAGAGCUCGGUAGACGCUUCACUUUCUUAAAUGCGCGAUGGACCGACGUUACGGAUCGUAUAUAUGAACGCUACAGACAUUUACAAAACGCCACUCAUGAAUACGGAGAAUUUCGUGCCUUGGUCGCACAGGAAAGCGAUUGGUUAGACAAGUUGGACAAACGAUUGAAGAAAUCACCUAAAACUGCUGCAGAUGCGGAGGAAAUUUCAGAAGAACUUGACGAUUUGGAAAAUUACAUACGGAAUCACCCAGAAUCUAGACUGGAGAAGAUUCAAGAAAUCGGUAAACAGCUUGUCGAGAGUAACAUCAUGACUCAUUCUAUUGAAACAGAUGUGGAAGGACUGACAAGUCGAUGGGAAAACUUAAAUAAGCAGGCAGGGCAACGGGCCAAGCUGUUGGAAGGAUCAGUGAAGCAAGCUCAACAAUCAGAAGGGCGCAUCCUUGCUCUUCAGCAUUCUUUAACACAAAUAGACUCUGUACUAACUGCACGUCUUGAUUGCGACCUCACUGCUGAUGAUUUACCUCACGAUUACCAGAAAUUAAUGGAAGAGUUGGAACAACAACGUGCUACGCUUGAGGAAAUGGCAUCGCAGAUUGAGUUAUAUAAAGCUUCUGGUAAAAAGGAAGCGGCACUGCGACUGCAAGAACAAAUGUCCCUGAUUGAACAGAAGUAUGCUAAAGUGCAAAGAAAAUUCGAACGCUUCCGCUGCCCGAGCAACAUAGAACCUAGAUUAUCGAGAGCUUUACGAGAACUCAGGGGAAUAGAGGAAGCAACCUGUUUAUUAGAAUUGUCAUCAGAAGAUCCGGAAACCAUCGAGGGUCAAUUAAAGCAUUGCUUGCGUUUUUAUCAGACUUUAAGUGAGAUUAAAAGCGAGAUUGAAUGUAUAAUCGUAACCGGGAGGAAAUUAGUUGAAGAUACAGCCGUUUCCGAGCCUGAUAACUUCUCAAAACGAAUUGAUAUGCUAAAGGAAUUGUAUAAUAAGCUUGGUCUCCACAUAACGGAAUCGAAGUCCAUAUUAGAAUCGGCGCUAGAUUUGUCACGCGACAUGCAUAAAAAUCUGACGUACAUUAACAUGUCGGUUGAAAGCAUAAAUAAAGAACUGGAUACGCAGAAAAGUAUGCCGGAUCUGCCGGUAAAUGCGAUAUACGUACGGGAAACUCUAACUGAAGUAAUUCCACGUCUCAACGUUAUCAGAGACAAAUUACUAAGAUCACAAGAUGAAUUUUCAAAGUUGUGUGAUCCUAUGUAUCUGGAACAACUUAAGGAGAAAAUGUCAGAUAUAAUUACAAGAUUAGCUAACACUGAAAAGAGAUUGCGACAUUGUAAAGGUUCAGAGGAUGAGCCUAAUGUCGAUGAGAUAAACGCAUGGCUUUUACAAGUUGAAGAGAAGUUAAAUAAAUUGGAUGCAGUCCCAAUUGAUCAACUUACAGAGCACCACUUUGAACAGUGCAAGGCUGUGCAAAGUGAAAUGAUAGAAGCAAAGCCUAAGGUUAAUCAACUUCAGCGUUACACAUAUUACUCCAAAGUAGCUGAAAUAUGCGAAAAAUGGGAAGACAUCUCUAACAGGAUACAGGAAUGGAUCCACAAAAUCACAGACAAUUUGUUAGUAAAAAGUAAAGCAGAAGCUUCUAAGGGGAGAGACAAUUACGGGCGCAACAAGUCGCCUAGACAGCUGGAACAAACUUCAGCGCAACCCGCCAAAAAAGAAAAGAAAUUAAUUGACGAGAACGAAGCUAUUUAUGGCAUAGGAUAUCUCAAUCCUGCGUUUGAUGAUAAUCAGUGCACCGUCAUUAGCACGCCCGAAAGCUCGCCGAUUGACGUACCGCACCGAAGCAGAAAGUCUUCCGCUAAGUCGGAAAAAGUAAAAGCUAAAAUCGUGGAUGUCAGUAGAACUGUCAGGCGAAAGUUAGAUAUGAGUUCUGUGCCCGAUGUCGUUCCAACCUCGCAACCGCAAGUUGCACAGGUGGAUGACGACUUGCCUUCACCAUGCUCCGAUGUAGAUAUGCCUGCGGCCGACGAGGAGGAAUUCUUUUUGUCGAAGAACAGCAAGCUGUUCUCUCAGGUGUCCAGUAACACCUUGACAGCAACAGAGACAUUCAAUGCAGCUUGUGCGCAACAGAAUCCAUUUCGGAUCGUGGAAGUAAAAGAAAUGGAAAUCGUCAAGUCGAUAGCGUCUCCGGAAGAUCACGUCAUUCUACCAAGUGCCAAUGUCAGCGUUGGAUUGGUGCCGCAAGUGGUUGAGAGGGUGGAGAUCGUUGAAGACACUGAGACGGAAGCCGAGUCCAUAGACACCGACACGGAGGACAAGGAUGGCAGAGGAAAAAUUACUUCCGCUGUCGGUACUACCGAGCAAGCAGUAAGUAAAAAGAAAGACCUCGUGCCGAUCUUAAAGAAGAAGGCUCCAGAACCUCCCGCGAGAAAUAUCAAGAGGCUCAUAUUGAAAUUAGACUUGGAUACCGAGGAAAGUGAUUCAAAUAAAAGCGCAGCGCCUUCCAGCGGUACGCCAUUAAGAAAGACGGAAGAUGAUACUGCAGGAUCGUCUCAGCGAUUUACAGAAUCAAGUGAGUCGUCACGAACAGCUCCUGCGUGGAAAGAUCCGGAGAGCGUUGCAGAAUACCUUGUACUAGACGACGAGGAAAUUGAAAAAUCUGAAAUCACGAAAUUGGUACGCACCAGUGAGCAAGCAAAUAACACUAAAUCAAAAGACUUAGUAACGACGCAGACAGACAGAAAUAGCCAAAAGGAAGUGACAUCCGCGAAAAGUACUGAAUAUUUUAAACCGUGUGAUAUAGCCGGUCACAGCGGAGAAGAAAAAAAUAAGAAGUUAGUGAAACGCGUGAAGAACUUGUCAAAGUAUGACACAUUGGAAGAUUGCGACAGCUUUUACGGCAGCGACAAAGAAACGGACGAUGCACUGAUAUUUUCGGAUGAUACAGAGAUUGAUGUUGGUAGUUCCAGCUCAGACGGGGAGGAUACGAACUUAGGAGAGCAUGUUGAGCACCUCUUGGACAAGAUACAACUUGAAAAAUCUCGGCCGCUUAUGCAGUACAAGGCGGAAACGAAAGCUUUUAACGAGAAAGCGUUAUUCAAAGGCCCAAUUGGCACGUCGCGAACAGCGUUAGAGAAAAAUAUAUUGGAAUUUGAACAGUUAGCGCAGAUGAUGCUGUGCAGAAUGGACGUUAUGUUAAUGAGCAUUAGUGGCAUUUCUAAUGAGAAGGAUCCCAGCAAACGGCUUGAAAUACUCAAAAGUGAGAUCAGCACUCUUGCGCCGGAUGCAGCAGCUUUAAUCAGCAAAGGAGAUGGUUUAGUUAUGACGAUACACAUGACCGAUCCUGUGCGAGCAGAGAAGAUAAAAAAUGAACAUCAAGAUAAACUUAGGAGCAAGUGGCACCAAGUUAUGGCAGAAAUUGAGAUGCGCAGGAAACAGGCACAGAAGGCAGAAGAAAUUUUACGGCAGUACAACAACAUAAUUGCGGAGCUUGAAGACUGGUUUAGGGACGUACCGUUGAAGCUCGAACAAGCAAACAACUACGAAGGCCAACUGGAAUCAUUUACCGAAGAAUUUGACGUGAAACAGACACAAAUACACAGAAUGAACGAACUCGCCGUAGAGUUGAGAAAAUUAAACGUUGGCUACUCAGAAUCAGUACGUUAUAACAUCAAUAGUAACUGGCAGAAAGUUAGUUCGCAGUUCAAGAGAUUCAGUGGUAGCAAAGACAAAGAGAAACACGUGACCGACAAGAAAGUAGAAUUGGAUAUUGGUGGUAUCAAUCCUCAAGAAUUUAUCGCGCGCAUUAACAAAUUGAGGGAAGCAACGUCGACCGUCUCGCGAUCUUUGAAUUCCUUACCACUGAAUGGUAAAGAUUACGAACUAUUCACAAGUCAAGAAGAGUGUUUGAAGAAGAUUAACAACGCUUUAAGCAUCUUGAAGCCAAGUGUCGACGAAGUAAAUUACGUUUGCGAGAGCAUCACGCGGCAGGCCAAAAGAGAGCAAGCCGAUCAAAUAAAACAUCUGAGCGAGAAGCUGCAAAACGAAUGGACGAAUGUUAAUCAGAACUACAUGGAAAGACACAAUCGUUGGAUUAAAUGUUACGAGAAGUGGAGGGAACUUCAUAAUACGUGUCGAACAUUUUUGGACUGGUUAGAUAAGAUGGAAGAUGCUUUAAAGAAGUGUAACGUUUUUAGCCAUUCUAAGGCGAGUAAGACAAAAACGUUCGAACUGGAGCAAGAAGUCUCGAGAAUGCAAAGAACACUGAAUAAUAUUAAUGCAGCGAGCGCAGACAUAUCUAGCCGAGCUUCCACUGAAGAUGUGAUGGAAUUGCAAAGUAUGAUUGACAACAUCAAGCAACGUUGGCAGAAUCUAGUGGCCGAAAUAAACGCGCGGAAGGAAAAAAACUUUGCUAUGGAGAGAAAAGUGAACAAUGAUGGUCGAAUUUUGGAAACGGCGCACAACAUCGUAGAACAAGUGAAUACUUUCUUAGUAUCUGCGGCGAAUCCUUCGGACGAAACCUCUUUAUCGGUCAGAUUAUCAUUAAUUAAGGCGAGAGAAGAGGAACUUUUAUCUCGAAAAAGAGCUUUGCAAACUUUAGUGAAUCAACAUAGUGUUCUCAGAGACGAAGACGAGUGUAAUAAACUUCUUGCAGACAUGGAUAAGGUCAACGUAAAUCUUUCCAAUCAUCGUGAAUACAUGGAGUGCAAACUUGCAUCGCUCAGAAAGUACAUCUGUACCUUGGAUGCUGUUAUGGCAUGGGUAAUGGAAACGCGAACGCGGCUGAGCAUCUCCCAAGAAUUGCCGCAGUACGAACGUAACGAAGUAAUAAAAAAUAUUAUGUCUAAAGUCGAAGAUCGCGAGAUGGAAGUGAAAGACGUAUUAGAAAAUUAUACUAAUUUAGAGAAAGAGUGUGAAUCAGCGAGACAACCAGUUUCUGUGGAGCUACAGGAGAAGCUGAAGAAACUGAGGGAGGAUUGGCAAUUUGUAAAAUGCUAUGGUGAAAAUCAUGAAAUUCCGUCCGGAGCGAUGACUCUUCUAAAAGAAGCGGAAAGGAGCGUAGGCACCGCAGCACCGGGGGCGGCGGGUGCAGUUGUGGGGGGCUCUCGGGGGCUGUCACCCUCACCCGCCCCCUCGUCACCGUCGACCCCCGUAACGACUAGCAACCCUUCUGCCUCCGUCUCCUCGGCCUCGUCUUCACCUUCACCCUCCACUUCAGCGUCCGCCCUCGUCGCGGGAUUCGAUAAAUCAGUGCUUCAGAUACGUGACUGGCUCACGGUCGAGGAAGAGAUGUUGCGACAACAAGCUGUUAUCGUCGGCGAUGUCGACGAAAUCAUGCAUCUUCUUGAUAAACAAAAGAAUGUCCUGCGUGAGUUGGAGCAGAAGAAGCCGCAACUGGACGAGCUGGUUCACACGGCCGAAAACUUGCGCGCUGACACGAAUCGCCAGCAGUUGCAUGGUAAAGUCACCAAGCUGAGAGAGCACUGGGACGAGACGAACUCAAAAGUCAUGCAACGGAAGACGCAGCUGGACAUGAUGCUGGGCGACAGUAAGGAAUACGAGGCGAAGAGAAACGCGGUGGAGGUCUGGCUGUCGCGAAUGGAAACUCGACUCGAGAGAAUGCGAGCCGUUGGGCACACCGCUGACGUACUCGCGAUGCAGCUUGAGGAACAAAAGUCGUUCCACGUCGAUCUGCACAAGUACAAGCUCCAAAUUGAGCUCUUUAAUCAGCUCACGCAGAAACUCAUAGCGGUUUAUCAACAAGACGACACUACGCGUGUGAAGAAAAUGACGGAGAAUAUCAAUCAGCGAUACAACAAUCUCAACACGAGCAUCAUCAAUCGGGGGAAACUACUGAACUCCGCGAUGAGCUCGCUCCACAACUUCGACCGGUCUCUAGACAAGUUCUUGGCCUGGCUGAGCGAGGCGGAAUCCUCGAUGGAGGAAUUGGAAGCGGAGGCUGAUCGUCUAGGCGGACGGCGGGACCAGGGCGCUCUCAGACGACCGCAACACCAGCUUAAGGAUCUUCAGUCAGAAAUAGAGACGCACCGAGACGUUUAUGCAUCUCUGAACGGUACUGGGCGAAAAUUACUGAGCUCACUGGCGAGUCAAGAUGACGCUGUUAUGCUGCAACGUCGAUUGGAUGAAAUGAACCAAAGAUGGCAUCAUUUGAAAGCAAAGAGCAUGGCAAUCAGAAAUCGACUUGAGAGUAACACGGAACACUGGAACGCUCUACUGUUAUCGUUGCGCGAGCUCAUCGAGUGGGUCAUAAGAAAAGACACGGAACUCACCGGCUUGGGACCUGUCUGCGGCGAUGUGGCUACGCUACAAAAACAACAGGACGACCAUCGUGGCUUCAGGAGGCAGCUGGAGGACAAACGGCCGGUCGUGGAGAACAAUUUGCUGAGCGGCCGCCAGUACAUCGCCAAUGAGCCCCCGUUGUCGGACACUUCGGACUCCGAAGCAGGCAGAGAAUUGGACGGCGAUUCCAGAGGAUACAGGAGUGCCGAGGAACAGGCGCGCGAAUUGACACGGAGCAUUCGCCGCGAAGUGAACAAACUCUCGGAGCAGUGGAACGCUUUAAUCGAACGUAGCGACGCGUGGAAGCGGAAACUCGACGACACCGCUAACAAAAUAUGUGUCUUCCAAAAGUCCCUCGAGGAUCUCUCCUCGCGGAUGGCCGGGGCCGAGGCGAUUCAGAGCGGCUGGCAGAAUCCGAACGAUGCCAACGAGGCGUCGGAGCUGCUCGAUCAGUUGCAGAAAUUCGGCGAGCGGCUGGUACCGAUCCAGAGGAACAUCGAGGACGCGAACGACCAGGCGAGCGUCUUCGCGUCGAGCAGCGUCAUCGUUUCUCACGCUUUACUGGCGAAACUCGAAGAUCUGAACACCAGGUGGAAGGUGCUGCAAGUCGCGGUUGACGAGCGUUACAAGUUGCUAAGCGGAUUCGGAAAGGAUGGCAGCACUCCGGGUAGUCAGGCUUUCCUCGCGAGCAGCGUAGAGCCACCAUGGGAGAGAGCCCUCACACCCGCCAAAGUGCCUUACUAUAUCAACCAUCAAUUGGAGACCACGCAUUGGGAUCACCCGAGGAUGAUAGAGCUGAUGUCUUCUCUCGCGGACCUGAACGAGGUUCGCUUCUCCGCGUACCGAACCGCCAUGAAGCUGCGCACCGUGCAAAAGCGACUGUGCCUGGAUAUGUUGAGCCUUUCCACCGCGCUGGAACAGUUUGAUUCACACGGGCUCCGGGCACAGAACGACAAGCUGAUCGACAUCCCCGACAUGGUAACGGUACUGACGUCACUGUACGAAGUGAUCGCGGCAGACAACACGACGCAGGUGUCCGUGCCGCUAUGCAUCGAUCUGGCCAUCAACUGGCUGCUCAACGUAUACGAUAGCCAACGGACCGGUCAGAUCCGAGUGCUGUCGUUCAAAGUCGGUUUGGUGUUGCUCUGCAAGGGUCAUCUGGAGGAAAAGUACAGAUAUUUGUUCCGUUUGAUCGCGGACCCUAAUCGGUUGGUGGAUCAACGCAAGCUGGGACUCCUGCUGCACGACUGCAUACAAGUACCGAGACAACUGGGCGAAGUCGCGGCGUUCGGAGGUUCAAACAUCGAGCCGAGCGUGCGCAGCUGCUUCGAGAAAGCCGGCAAGGACAAGAACGAGAUAGAGGCCGUGCACUUCCUGAGCUGGCUGCAACAGGAGCCGCAGAGCAUGGUCUGGCUGCCCGUGCUGCACAGAUUGUCCGCGGCGGAGACCGCCAAGCAUCAGGCCAAGUGCAACAUAUGCAAGGAUUAUCCCAUCAUAGGAUUCAGGUACCGUUGCUUGAAGUGCUUCAACUUCGACAUGUGUCAAAACUGUUUCUUCUCGGGACGCAAGGCGAAGAAUCACAAACUGACGCAUCCGAUGCAAGAAUAUUGCACAGCGACAACGUCCGGCGAAGACGUGCGUGACUUCACGCGCGCGCUGCGCAACAAGUUCAAAUCCAAGCGAUACUUCAAGAAGCACCCCCGAGUUGGCUAUCUGCCUGUGCAAACUGUCCUGGAGGGAGACGCGCUGGAGAGCCCGGCGCCUUCGCCCCAGCACAGCUCGCUCAGCCAAGACAUGCACUCCCGGCUUGAAAUGUACGCGUCCCGGCUCGCCGAGGUCGAGCUGUCGCGCACGAGGAGCAACUCCACGCCGGACAGCGAUGAUGAGCACCAGCUGAUCGCGCACUACUGUCAGAGCCUGAACGGUGGCGACAACAUCAACAUGCCCAGGAGCCCAGUUCAAGUAAUGGCCGCGAUCGACGCCGAACAAAGAGAGGAGCUCGAGGCGAUGAUACGCGAGCUGGAGGAGGAGAACGCGACGCUGCAAGCGGAGUACGAGAGACUGCGCUCGAAGCAAACGCCGGGCUCGACGCCGGAAGACGGUCGCGGCACCAGGCAGCCCGAUUGCGACAUGAUUACCGAGGCGAAUCUCUUGAAGCAGCACAAGGAACGGCUGGAAUCGCGCAUGCAGUUACUCGAGGACCAUAAUCGCCAGUUGGAGGCGCAGCUGCAGAGACUCAGGCAGCUCCUGGACGAGCCAAGCGCCUCCUCGCCAUCCAAGACUGGAACUUUGCAAACUCGAAGCGUAACGGCGUCCCAACUGGCGACCGAUUCACCGGCGAAGAUGAACGGCCACUACCACGAUUCUCCAGGUGGUGGAGGCUCAAACGAGGGCAGAGUCAGCAGUUUAGAGAGGCCACCACCACCGCCGCAUUCUCACAGCGUUAUCCACAAUGUGGGCAAUUUGCUGAACAUGGCAGCUACGGAAUGGAUGUAAGGUGACCUGGGCAAAGCGGUAGGCGAACUGGUGACGGUCAUGACGGAGGAUACAUCGAGGACGAAUGGACAGCGAGCACCACCACCGGCAUUCAAGUAACAAUCGCGCCGCCACGCCCGUUGACGACGACGACGACGCUGCGAGUCGGCUGGAUCGACGCUACACCACACUCGACAUCCACGAUUAUCCAUCGCACACGUUUAAUCGUAACGACCAAUAACAAGUCUGGCACUAAAAACGCAUAUCAGAGACAAGUACACGGUAUAUCGCGCGAAUGCAGGGUCAGGGGACUCGCCCUCGUGCGGUGCGAUUUUGGGUAUUUUAUAAGUUUUGAUAUUACGUCGUUGUAUAGAGCUGAAUUAUAUAUCGAUAUAAGGCACACGCGGAUUAUAUGGUUUGGCUUUCCCCCGGCGCGGUCCCCUGAGAGUAACUUUACUACAUAUUGAGACGUCAUAUCAUGAAGCUAAUCGUAAUGAGAGAUCGACCGUUAUGCUUGCUGUAGCCCUGAAAAAAUUACGCGAACGAGUGAUGAUAUAACGAGCGUAAAUGGGAGGGAGAGAAAGAGAGGGAGAGAACGAGAGAUAAAUACACGCGAAAGGGUAUAUCAUUAACAAUGCAUGCAAAAGCAAUGUAUCAAAUCACAUAAUCUAUUAUAGGAUCGUAGCUUGUAUCCACAUACACCCAUUCUGUUCACUGCCACGGGCUCUUCCUCGACGGUAACUCACACACGGUGUACAUGUUGCGACGACUCGGGACGACGACGGUGACGAUGACACGACAUUGACGACACAUAGACACGGGAAAUACGUAUGAAUCCACGGACAUAUAUAUAUGAAUCCACGCGCACCUGGCCCCUCUCUGUACUCGGCGCUCUUGAAUUUUACAUCACCAUCACGAAAAAAAAGGGAAAGGGAACCUUUUAUAACGACGCGGAGUGCGACGCGCAUUUAACGCGAGUUUCUCGAGUUUAUUUUUAUCCAGUUACAUGAUUUUUCAUAUUUUCUAAAUGAAUUUAAACGGCAACGUCUAUCAUUUAAGUCUGCCGGAUGUUAUUAUAUAUCUAAGAGUAUAUCGAUAAGUAUCUAACUAACAUACACACGCAAAACACACGCAAAACACACGCAACACACACACACACACACACACCAUACACAUACACAUACACAUACACAUACAUACAUACAUACAUACAUACAUACACAAACUGUAGGCUGUAUUCUGAUAUGUAAUAAAGUUGUCUAGAAAAUACUUCAUCGCGAUAUUAUUGAAGCGCGAGCACAUGGUGGUUCAGUUAUCAAAUGAUCAAGCUCGCGACACCACACAUAGAUGAUUUUUUUUUAACAUUUCGGAUAAAUCAAACGUGCAGGAUAAAUUUUUUUCCACGCAUAUCACCCAAAUGCCAUACGUUGAUGAUACCACUGCGCCACUUCUGACGAGUAUGCGCUGCUUGUGAAAUGUAAAAUAUACAUAUCCCUCCGUGAAAGAAAAAUAUCAUACCUUAUAUCGGUUCGACAUAUACACAGAAACAUCGCGAACGCAUAUCACGGAUAUUGUUAUUCGCCGUCGUUAAGUCACAGGGAGAUUGAUUUCACUUGACCGAGUGUAAAACGAUCGAAUACGUUUCCAAGCUCCGUCUCCGUAGUUUGUUGAAAGAUAUUGUUGGUUUUUGCGAUUUCAUACAUUAAUAUAACGCAUUAAGGUCUAGAGAAUUAUAGUCAUAUAUAAAAGUAAAGUUAUAUACUGCGUACAACAUCAAACAGGUAACUACCGUUGCUUGUAAUAUAUUGUAAUAUGACUGAAAAUGAUAUGGGACAAAAAAUGCUUAAAUAAAAAUAUGAUAUAAAUAUGACA